AUGCAAUUAGCGUUCCUGGAUUUUGAAGCCGCGUUCGACUCUCUUCACCGAGACCGUCUUCUCAAAGCGCUCCGCGCCGAUGGAGUACGAGGAAACGAUAACUGGAGUGAGACGAGGGGCAGGGCAGGCUUCCUGUUCAACUUCGCUGUCGGCGACAUCAUGCGAAGAAGAGUUGAUCAGUGUCCUAACAACAUCGGCUUAGCACUGUCAAAGUGCCCCUUGACUGAUCUCGAGUAUGCCAACUAUGUUGUUAUAUUUGCAGAAAGCAUUACGAAACUUCAACAUGUUGUCAACAUUGUAUCGAAGUUGGCUGCAGCCUACGAACUACGUUUACGCCCUGACAAAUGCAAGCAGAAUGCUAAAUACUGUAUGCUGAAGAACAACGCAGAGAUGCGCCAAGAAUAUUUCUGCAUUCAAAUCCUUAACGAAAUACUUUUGGUCGAGCUCCAUCACUAA